UGGGAUUGAUUUUGAUUGAUCGCCUUCCUUCUCGGGGGCGGGCUCCGUUCUGCUGCGGCGGCGUGGGGGGCGUGGUGUGGUGCGGCGUCGAGGCGGGGAAAUUCCGCUGCGGGCUGGUUCGGUCUUCUCCGUCUCCGCCGUCGUCGUCUUGGCCGGAGCGAAUCUGCGGCCUGCGGGGGGUAUGGAGACCGGGGCGCGGUGGCGGUGGUGGGCGGUGGCCGUCGCCGGCGUGCUCUGCGCGGUCCUGCCGCCGGCCGCCGCCACGCUCUCUCCCACCGGCAUCAACUACGAAGGUAACACUCCCCUCCCUCGCUCCGAAUUGAAACCGAAACCCACCACUUCUAUCGAUCUCGCAUCUUCCCCCAAGUUUCUCUCAAGCAAAAAAGUGUCUUUGUAUGGCGCAACAAGAUUCAGUGAAAUUGGUAAAGGAUUUGCUGUUUCCCUUCUUGGCAACCCCCAAUUUGGAGAAGCACACCAAUGCCGUUGCUUCUUCGCCAUUGAUGCCGAGUUUUGCCUUAUUACUUGUUUGUUGCCAAGAUUUGGUGAAGCUGAGCCUCAAUCUUCUUGGGUCGCAGUGGUGGCGCUCAUGGCCAUCAAGACGGAGCUGCAGGACCACUACAACGUGCUCGACAACUGGGACAUCAACUCCGUCGACCCCUGCAGCUGGAGGAUGGUCACCUGCUCCUCCGACGGCUACGUCUCAGCGCUUGGUCUGCCCAGCCAACGCCUGUCUGGUAAACUGUCGCCCGGCAUCGGGAACCUCACCAGGCUGCAAUCUGUGCUAUUGCAGAACAACGCGAUUUCUGGCACUAUUCCUAGCACCAUAGGCAGGCUGGGGAUGCUCCAGACGCUCGACAUGUCAGACAAUCAUCUCACCGGGAGCAUCCCGACUUCACUCGGCGAUCUCAAGAACCUCAACUAUCUGAAAUUGAAUAACAACAGUUUAUCUGGAGUUUUACCUGAAUCACUGGCCACCAUUAAUGGCCUUGCACUUGUAGACCUUUCGUUUAACAACCUGAGCGGUCCCGUGCCAAAGAUUUCUGCAAGAACUUUCAGCAUUGCUGGAAAUUCAAUGAUCUGUGGUGUCAAGUCUGGAGACAAUUGCUCAUCCGUGUCGCUGGACCCGCUUUCUUAUCCACCAGAUGACCUUAAGAUUCAGCCACAACAAUCCAUGUCAAGAAGUCACCGUAUUGCUAUCAUCUGUGGAGCAACCGUGGGUUCUGUAGCGUUUGUCGCUAUCAUGGUCGGUAUGCUUCUUUGGUGGAGGCACAGGCGUAAUCAGCAGAUAUUUUUUGAUGUAAAUGCUACAGAUCAAUAUGACCCAGAAGUAUGCUUGGGCCAUCUGAAAAAGUACACCUUCAAGGAGCUUCGAGCAUCUACCAACAAUUUCAACUCAAAAAACAUAUUAGGUGAAGGUGGAUAUGGAAUAGUAUACAAGGGUUUCUUACGUGAUGGUUCAAUUGUUGCUGUUAAAAGACUGAAAGACUACAAUGCUGUCGGUGGGGAAGUUCAGUUUCAAACUGAAGUUGAAGUCAUAAGCUUAGCUGUUCAUCGGAAUCUCCUACGUCUCAUAGGAUUUUGCACUACGGAGUGCGAGAGAUUACUUGUCUAUCCUUAUAUGCCAAAUGGAAGUGUUGCUUCUCAAUUGCGUGAGCAUAUAAAUGGCAAGCCAGCUCUAGAUUGGUCGAGGAGAAAGAUGAUAGCACUGGGUACAGCGAGAGGGCUGCUUUAUUUGCAUGAACAGUGUGAUCCAAAAAUAAUCCAUCGUGAUGUAAAAGCCUCCAAUGUGCUUCUUGAUGAAUAUUUUGAAGCAAUUGUGGGAGAUUUCGGACUGGCAAAACUUUUGGAUCACCAGGAGACCCAUGUUACCACAGCAGUGCGUGGUACUGUGGGGCACAUAGCUCCAGAGUAUUUGUCAACUGGGCAGUCAUCGGAGAAGACAGAUGUGUUUGGGUUUGGAGUCCUGUUGGUUGAGUUGAUCACUGGCCAGAAAGCAUUAGAUUUUGGAAGACUAGCAAAUCAGAAGGGCGGAGUGCUUGAUUUGGUAAAGAAGCUCCAUCAGGAAAAGCAGCUGAACAUGAUGGUGGACAAAGAUCUGGGCAGCAACUACGACAGGGUGGAGCUGGAGGAGAUGGUGCAGGUGGCCCUGCUGUGCACGCAGUACUACCCGUCCCACCGCCCCAGGAUGUCGGAGGUGAUCCGGAUGCUGGAGGGGGACGGGCUCGCGGAGAAAUGGGAGGCGUCGCAGAACGUCGACACGCCAAAGUCCGUCUCGUCGGAGCUCCUGCCCCUGAAGUUCACCGAUUUCGCCGGGGCGGACGAGUCCUCGGUCGGCCUCGAGGCCAUGGAGCUCUCCGGACCAAGGUGACCGACGACGGCGACCGACUUGAUCGCGCAGAUGCUUGCUUGUGUCUCAAUGGCUAUUGCAUUCGAUUAGCCUCGGAGAGCCUGGGCAAAGGGAGAGGUGACAUUUUUUUUCCAUGUUGGAUAGGGUAAGGGUAGGGGUGGUGGCAUUCAUUUGUACAUACGGGCAUGGUCAUUGUGUAUUGCGUGAGCUGAGCUCGGCCCAUCGUUGCUGCUCAUGUACAUGUAGGCUAAGAGAGAAGAGAAGAGAUGAGAUGAGUUGAGUAAAUAUAGAAAGGAAAAUUUUCCAUUAGUCAGAUAUAUCCUAUGUCUUUCCUC